CCGUCGCCCGCCGCGUCGGCGACGGCACGGCGCCUGGCGCGGCCCAGCAUGAGCUCGUCUUCGUCGGCUCGCUCGCUGCGCAGUGACGGCCCCGCGCGCUCCUUCUCCAGCACGUCGUCCUUCUCCGCCGGCGGCACCCGCAAGCGGCCACGCAACGCACACGACGACGAGCUCAGCUUCGAGGCACUCGCCGCCCUCACGCCCGGCGCAUCCAUGUCGCGCCUGCGCCUCAACGACGGCGCCGCAUCGUCGUGCGGCGGCAGCAUUGCCUCGCCGUCGGUGUCCAGCUUCUCCUACGCCUGCGACGACGAGAGCUACUUCUCCAGCCAGGGCACGGCGACCAGCUCGCUCUUCGAGAGCCAGCUCUGCGACAGCCAGGCGUCGCGCUGCCUCACGCCCGCCUCGUCGGUGCCCUCGACGCCGACACACCGCACCAAGGAGCUGCCGGCCGUCGAGGCGGCGCCGACAUUCGCCAACGUCUACAGCCACGCUCGCGCGCUGCUGCGCUGCAGCUCCGGCACCGACGACGUCGACGAGGGCUCCGAGGCCGCUGCCGAGGUGCAGGUCGUGGGCCGCGAAAAGGAGCGCAAGACGCUGCAGCGCUUCCUCAACUCGCGCUUCGAGCUCUACCAGCACCUCGAGCACAGCGCCCACCCGGCCGGCGAGGGCGAGGCGCUCGUCGAGCUCGACGGCGCGCAGGACUCGGGCGCGCUGUACGUCUGCGGCAUGCCCGGCACGGGCAAGACGGCGCUGCUGCGCAGCAUCCUGGCGCAGCUGCGCGAGGACCAGCUGGCGCUGCCGGCGCCGCGCAUCGCCUUUGUCAACUGCAUGACCAUCGAGCACCCACGUGCCAUCUUCGCCAAGGUCCUGCAGGCUCUCGGCGAGCGCGACGACGUGCCGGCGUCGGCGGGCACCGACGCCGUGGCCGACGCACUGGCCGAGCGCGACCUCGGCGCUCUUGUCAAGGACCCCAAGCGGCGCACGCUCAUCGUGCUCGACGAGAUCGACCACCUGCUGCGCAACCGCGCACAGCAAAACGUGCUCUACCGCCUCUUCUCCUGGGCCGCCACCGCUGCGCCGAGCAAGAACGGCCGUGGCACGUGUGCGCUCAUCGGCAUUGCCAACUCGCUCGACCUCACGGAGCGCUUCGUGCCGCUGCUCGCCAGCAAGGGCGCGCCGCCGGCGCUGCUGCACUUCCGGCCCUUUGGCGCCGCCGAGAUCGUCUCGGUCGUGCGCGCACGCCUCUGCGGCCUGCGCGAGCGCUACGACGGCGGCAUCGUUGCCGAGGAGACGAUGGACGUCGACCCGACGCCGGCGCUCUUCACGCCUGCCGCGCUCGAGCUCGCCGCCAAGAAGAUCGCACAGGCCACCGGCGACCUGCGCAAGGCCCUCGACGCCGCACGCCUGGCCGUCGACGCCGUCGAGACGGAGCAGCGCAAGAAACUCCUCGCCGUGCCCGGCGCCGAGGACUCCGCCACGCUGCUGGCACACUUUACGCCCAUCGACGCGCCCAAGGUCACGCCGGCACACAUCCUGCGCGUGCUCAGCGCCGUGCUCGGCAGCCCGCAGCUGGCCAAGGUCCGCUCGCUCGGCCUGCAGCCCAAGCUCGUGCUCCUCGCCAUCCUCGUCGCGCAGCGGCGCGCACAAGAAGGCCUGGCCGUGCUCGGCAGCGGCUCGUCUGGCAGCCAGGACGGCAGCAGCAGCAAGACGCGUGCGCUGCGCCUCGUCGACGUCGAGGCCACGUACGCCGCCGCCAUCAAGAACGACGGCUGUGCCUUCUCGACGCUCGAGGCCUCGGAGUUUCUUGACGUCGUUGAGCUCCUCGGCGUGCACGGCCUCGUGAGCACAAGCGACGGCGAGUCCAACGCCGCUGCCGCCUCGUCGGCCGGCGCACGCCGCGCCAGCAAGAAGCAGCUGCAGGCGGCGAACCGCAGCGUGGCACUCGCCAUCGGCGCCGACGAGGUGCUCAAGGGCAUCACGACGCCGCCGCCUGCCUCGAGCGGCAUCGCGCCGCAGACGUCGACGCUCGAGGCCGUGCGGCGCAUGUGGAACGCCGAGGAGGAGCGCAUCCGCCGCACGCGCGGCUGGGAGGCGCGGGCCCGCGAGAUGCAGAGCGUGCGCGACGUCGAGCUCGGCGGCGGACGCAUGGCCCAGGGCUCCUUCUAGUCGUUCCCGGACCCCCUUGAUGCUUCAUGACCCUCACACGUGUCUCCUUCACACUCUUGCAACAUCAUUUGCAACCGCACGACCCUGUCCACGCCUUCUCACGUAGUCGUCCCGCCCGCCGCUUCAUCUUCCGCCCGAUCUUCAUUCAUCUUCACGCAUCGCUUGUCCCGCAUAUCCCGUCGUUGCCCGAAUGCCAUAUCUACCCG